GAAAAUGGUCCAAAUUCAUAAUCCAUUAUUGGACAAGCAAUCAGAUGACCAUUUCCAUCAUCUUGGCAUUACGAAAAGUGCGAUUGACAUUCCAAAGAUGUAUGGCGAUAUUAAGUUUAUAUGUAUGGGUGGAAGCAUGGGACGGAUAAAGAAUUAUGCAAAAAUAUUCGCCAAAGAAAUGGGUAUAAGUAUGUCCGAUAAUUUGAGCACAACUGAUCGUUAUUCAAUGUAUAAGACGGGUCAAGUACUUUGGGUUAAUCAUGGAAUAGGUUCUUCAUCAUCGAGUAUUGUUAUUGUGGAACUGAUUAAGUUGUUGUAUUAUGCGAAAGCAAAAGAUGUGAUAGCAAUACGAAUGGGUACCGCAGGUGGUAUUGGUGUUACAUCAGGUACCUUAAUACUUACCAGUGGAGCGUUAAAUGGUGAAUUGCUCGAGGAAUAUGUACAGUAUAUCAUGGGUGAAAAGAUUUCAAGACCAGCCAUCUUUGAUGCAGAAGUGUAUCAGCAAUUAUACAAAAUCGCAGUCCAAUUAAAAUUACCUGUUCAAAUCGGAAAAACAUUAAGUAGCGAAGAUUUUUAUGAAGGACAAGCAAGAUUGGAUGGUGCAUUUUGCGAGUACACGGAACAGCAAAAGUUAGCGUUCCUCAAUCGUUUGCAUAAUUUGGGAGUACGAAAUAUUGAAAUGGAAUCAUUGUGUUUUGCAGCAUUGUUCAAUCGAGGCAAUAUAAGAGCAGCAGUAGUUUGUGUGGCAUUGUUGGAUCGAUUAAAGGGUGAUCAGGUUUUGUUGAAAAGUGAUGAUUUGAGUGAAUUUGAAACACGUGUCUUCAAGGUAGUUAACAUAUACAUUAAGCAGCAGUUGAAAUUGUAG